AUGAUGGGCGGAAAAGAAAACUGUUGUUGUGACAUUAACUGUUCAAAAAUCACAGAGCAUCCUGGAUUUGAGCCUGUGUGUCUGAACCAGUGUGUACUGGAAACAGCAUAUUACCAGUACAGACAGCAGUAUGGAGAGAUUCAAGUGACAACUGAAGAGAGAAAUCGUUAUACAGCCUAUCGUCAGUUGGCAAGAUGGGGUUGGGGAUAUCUUGGAAAGUCUGUACGUGUUCGACUCCCAGCAUGUGCUACCAUUGCAAUAAGAAACAAGUUCCAGUCAAACCAGUACAAAGGUUUUGAAGAAGCAUAAAUUGACUUUUUACAAACAUUAAUAUAUAUGUACAAAUAUUCCAAGCAUUCAAUAUUUAUUAUACAAAUUAAAUGUCAUGUUUACAAAAUUAGCACUUGUUCUUUAUUAGAUGUUCAAUCUACAUUUCUGGCUUCCUAAAUCGAGAUUGCAUUUCUAGUAUAGCUUUUGUUUUUAGUGGAUGUAUGUACUCGGCACAGAGUGGUCUUGGUGCUUGCAUUGGUACUUUUGGCGAUUGUCGCAUAUUUGUUCCUUCAACGAUUUUUCUUACAGAUUUCAUCAGUGUGUUGA